GGCUGCAUCAGAUCAGCCAUUGCGGAGGCCUGGGGUCUCGUGUUGCUACCAUGCCGUCCCCAAUCUGUCUGCGUAGUUUCUCGCAGCUGUCCCUUGACAAGGCCGCCCACGCCGCAAUUGCACCGCGAUUGCUGCAUCCACGAGUAGCAUGCUUUUCCACAUCCGCCGCCCGCUAUGCGAACCCCUCACCCAAGAGAAAAGGCCAGACAGCAGCCCCGAAGAAGGGUGUCAAGUCGCUGAACACCAAAAAGGGCAAGAAGGCCGCUGUCGGAGACUCGGGCAAGCGACCGGCACAAGGCGAGCGCAAGGCGUUGCGGAAGCGCAUUGUGCUCAGCAACAACAACGCCCUGGAGGUGUCGUCCCUGAAGGAUCUCGACAAGUCGAAUGUCCUGGGCGAGCAGAAUGAGGGGCGCGUCAUGGGCCUGCCAGAGAAGGUGGUGGAUGCGCUGAGAGCCGUCGAGGCGUUCAAGACAAACCAGGGAUGGAGUUUCUUCCGGCGGCCGGCUGUGUUGAUGAGGAAGGAGACGGUUCAGCUGGCCGCGCUGUUCAAGGAGGUGGAAGACUCGGCCACGGGAGAGCAAAAGAAGACCGUGCGGAGGAUCCUCGCGGGGGAGAGGAUGAGUGGGAAGAGCACGCUGCUGCUGCAAGGCUUGACCAUGGGCUACCUUAGGGACUGGUUUGUUAUCAACCUCCCAGAAGCCCAGGACAUUGUCAACGCUCACACCGAGUACGCGCCUCUCGAGGGCUCGCAACCAACCCAAUACACCCAAGACACCUACACUGCGAGCCUCCUCCAGCAGAUUCUCAAGUCCAAUGCGCGUCUCCUUGAAUCUACAAAAAUUGCUACAAAGCCUGACCUGCCCGUUCCCCUGCCGGCGAACGCCUCCCUCAAAGACCUCGUUGCACUCGGAACCAACAACCCAGAGGCCUCCUGGUCCGUCUUCACUGCCCUCUGGCAGGAACUCUCACAGCCCGGCCGCCCUCCAGUACUCCUCGCCCUCGAUGGACUCUCCCAUGUUAUGCGCAACUCCGAGUACUUGUCCGCAGACGUAAAACCGAUCCACGCACACGACCUCACCAUCGUCCGCCACUUCGUCGACCACCUCUCCGGCACGAAGCAGCUCCCCAACGGCGGUCUUGUCCUGGGCGCAACAUCUCGCUCGAAUGCACCCACUUCCUCCGCCCUCGACUUUUGCAUUGAAGCUGCACAGGCGCGCCAGACGCAACCAGAUGACAUCCCGCAGUGGAACCCAUACAAGAAAGUCGAUGUGCGGGUUAUGGAGGCACUGAAAGACCUGAAGAGCAGCAGUGGGAAGGAGCUGGAUGUGAUCAAGGUUGGGGGACUGAGCAAGGAGGAGGCGAGGAGCAUCAUGGAGUACUACGCCGAGAGCGGCAUGUUGAGACACCGUGUUGAUGAUGGUUUCGUGAGUGAGAAGUGGAGUUUGGCAGGCAUGGGGAAUAUUGGGGAGUUGGAGAGGUCGAGUGUUAGGUUGCGGAUAUAGAUCUGCGGUUGUGGAUGAACGUGUAUUGUAUCCUUGUAGUGUGUGGAGUCUUGUAGGAUAUGUACAGCAUCUGCAUAUACGGUUCAUUCAUAGGCCCUCAUUGAGAAGUGUCUUGCUGUUUGUGCGGAAUUACUUGGUUUCAUUCUCUCGCAUCAGUGCCAACGGUACAUUGAGUCCAACACACUUCCCCAAUGCUCCAAUCCACAACAUCAAGUACU